GCUCCGGGCCCGGCUCGCACUAGGUGCAGCCAGGCACCGGGCCCGGCUCGCACUAGGUGCAGCCAGGCACCGGGCCCGGCUCGCACUAGGUGCAGCCAGGCACCCGUCCCGACUCGCACUAGGUGCAGCCAGGCACCGGGCCCGGCUCGCACUAGGUGCAGCCAGGCACCGGGCCCGGCUCGCACUAGGUACAGCCAGGCACCGGGCCCGGCUCGCACUAGGUGCAGCCAGGCACCGGGCCCGGCUCGCACUAGGUGCAGCCAGGCACCGGGUCCGGCUCGCACUAGAUGCAGCCAGGCACCGGGUCCGGCUCGCACUAGAUGCAGCCAGGCACCGGGUCCGGAUCGCACUAGAUGCAGCCAAGCACCGGGUCCGGCUCGCACUAGAUGCAGCCAGGCACCGGGUCCGGCU